AUGGGUGCUCAGACCCCUGCAAUGCCCGGCGGGGGUCCUGUGGGCAGCCGGGCACCCUGCCCCACUGGCAGCCAAGACACCAAGGAGGGCAUCCAGAUCGUUAGUGUGGCCUCGCUCUGCAAGGACGGUGGGCAGAUCGGGGAGGCCCUGCCCAUGGGACUGCCCCCCGGGAAUGGCGAUGAUGGCUCCACAGGCGUCCCCUCGGCUCCGGGGAGCUGCCCCCCUCUGGGGGGCCCAGCCACCCCCCUGCAGCCCCUGCCCAGCCAAGGGCGGCUGGUCGCACCCCCUGCCAGGAACCCAGCCCUGAUGGUGAAGAAGAAGAUCGUGGACAGGGCUAUCGUCCUGCAGAAACAGGCCAAAGAUGCCAGCACUCAGACUGCCAUGCUGAACCCCGUGAGUCCUGGAAAUCAACACCUUGCUUGGGGCGGACCAGUGCUUCCCCCUGCUCCCAGCUCCCAUGCCAUUGCCGAAAAGCUGGAUGCUGUACAGACGGAGAUCCAGAAGCUAAGCCAGGCCCUGCAUGCGGUGCUGGAGAGGCAAUGCCGCCUGGAGCGCCAGCAGGAGCACCAGCAGCGGCUGCAGCAGGAGGUGCUGAUGAUGCUGCAGCAGCUCAGCUCCACCGUGAGCCACAGCACUGUGCCAGCGAACCAGCCCUGCGUCCCCUUCAGUGGUAUGACUGAGCCCUCGCCCACCGUGCCAAACUUCAGCCAGUUCAAGAUGGAGCUCAUCUGACCUCACGCCACGCCAGUGUGCUCCAGCAGUGCUGCACUAAUGGCAGGAUGAAGCCGUGAAGAAGAACCAUCUCUCAGAGGCUGUGGCAGCUGCCUAAGGAUUAUGUGGAGCACCCAGCAGAGAAGGUCAGCAGUGCCUCCUGUUUUCAGCCCUGUUGACUGAAAGGGGCUGUCUGGCACAAGAGGCAGGGCAACGGCAAGCUGAGGCCUUGCUUCUCCCGUGCUGCCCGUCCUGGCUGGCACUGGAGCUGGCUGGUGGCCCACGGACUUCAGCAGCGCAGGCAGGCUGCCUGCAAGUAGAACGUGCAACUGAGAGACACAGCAGGGAGGUGGGUCUGAAAGAAAAUGCGAGGCUUCCUCUCACGAGGGUCAGUGCCGUGAGGAUCAAUCACAGAAUUGCUUUGUGCCCUCCUUCUGCAGAGCCUU